CACGCAGCUGUCAUUCAUAAUCAUAAGUCAUAACUUUGUCAUUCAACGUCACCUGUAGUGUAUUCCAUUAUCAAUAUUUAAAUAGGUCAUAAAUAAUUAAAUACUUAAAUGCCUGUAAUAAAACGAUGAGGUGACGUGGUUCUCCCGAAAUUCUAAUCACUUAUGCAUUCCAAUCACUAAGUUAUACAUACAAUAUAGGUAAUAUUUCAAGUUUGAACGAUGGCUGGUGUUCCGGUGAAAUGCGGUACGAUUGUAUCGUUCUGUUUCGUGCUAUAUGCUGUUUAUUACCGUAAGAAUGAUCUUGGGGACGUGCGACUGUCGCCUGUGAAGGAUCAUUUGCUAUAUUUGGAGAAUGAGAACAAAGUUGGUGAGGGCAAACUGCAACCGAAAGUAGCGCUUGGCUAUGGCGCGUGUCACGAUCUAUUUGUUAACGCCACUUCAUUAUUGGACCACAAGGAGCUGAAAGGAAACCCUGAGCAUUUCAAUGAGAUCUCAAACAAGGAAGAAUUCCUCAAAAGUUUCGCUUAUUUCUUUAAACAUGGUGCAGCCGCCGAACGGUUUGUGUCCAAUGGGAAGUUGUAUGAUGAAUUAAUAGAACAAGCUUUGAAACUGCCUGACUCAAGAUGGUCUAUUGGGGGCAAUGCUCCACUGAUGGCCAAAAGGUUCUACAUAGAAGGAUGGAAGGUGCUGUUUGCAGCUAAAAUGAGCAACAAGUUGAAGAAAUACAUUCCGAAAGAUAUCCAGAUAGUUGGUGGGGAGGAGAAUGAGGAAGUCAGGGAUGAUGUCCACAUGAUUCUAGAGUAUAAGACAGAUGAGACAUUCGGUACUCUGAAGGCGCCCAGAGCAAACAGGUACAUUGUACAUAACGACGAGAACAAUCCACUCCUGAGUUCCCUGGAGAAGUUUGAUGAACAUUUACCAGGAUUUGGCCCAAACUUACUAGUCAUUAGUGGACUGCAGAUGAUGGAUAACUAUCCAUUUAAAGUUGGAGAUGGGAAAGACUUAAGAGCGGAAAGACUGGAUCUAGUCAAGAAACAAAUUUUAUCACAACCACUGUCUACACUGACCCACUUUGAGAUGGCCAGUUAUGUUGACUUGGAGCUUCUGAAACAUCUCACUACCAAAAUACUGCCAUUUGUAGACUCAGUCGGUAUGAAUGAGCAAGAAUUAACAAAUCUAUACAGUGUCCUAGAAUAUGGAGAAGUCAGUGUGGUUGCUGACUCCAACCCAGAGUAGCAACAGCGUUAGACCAAAUGCGCAAAACAUUUUUGUUGAUAAGACGCCAGAAUGAACUGUACGAGAGUAAGAGAAAGCUAACUCGCAUCCAUGUGCAUACUUUAGCUUACCAAGCUAUAAUGACAGUUAAAAACUCUAAUUGGAAGCGAACUGAGGCUGCAGCUGCUAAAGCAUCACUGACUGCGCACAGAUAUGUGUGUAACAGUCAAGAUAUUGCCUUGGAUAAAUGUAAAUUGUUACUGGAUGACAGUUUCUCUACAACCACAGACAAUGACAACACAAGUAGGGUGUUCUUUGAACCUACUAAACCAGUCUCCUGUUGGGAUGAGGAAAUAAAUGGGGAGAAUGUUGAUAUAUGUGUGGCUCCUGUACUUAUUUGCACUGAGGCCCAGCUCACCGCUGGUGCUGGUGACAAUAUCUCUGCUGCGGGCCUGGUACUUCAAGUAGAAAAAUAAACAUGCCAUUACAAUUGCCUUAUUAAUAGUUGUUGAAUUGUUGAUCAAACAUUUUAUUCAUUCCAUUUGUAAAUGUGUUAUGUAUUUGGUGCCAUUAUUUCAGGAUGAUCUUUUAAAUAAGAUACUAUAUUUAUUGCUUAAUAAUAUGACUAGAAUUUAAUGAUUUAUUUAUUGUAAUAUUGUUAAAUUUUACCAAUUUAUUCAAUGGACAGAAGUACAUACAAGACUGGAAGAUAAAUUAUUUAUUUUACAUAAAAUGUAUGUAAUUUAUUUUGUUUUGUGCUUUUAGUACUAAUCAGAACUUAUGAUGAGCGUAAGAACAAAAAUAUUUUUUGUUUUACACAUAAUUUUUAUCAUUCCGAAUUAAAAAUAAGUUAUAUUUUUCUACUUUUUUUAAAAUAAAAUGAAUAAAUGUGAUUUCUUGUAAAACUUGAUAUCCUUGCAGGUAAGAUUGAGAAUACAAUUACUGUAUAAUAUUUAUGACAUUCCUAAAUUUUAAUUGGCUAAGUAGAAGAUCUGGAUGUUAGUUGUUGUUUCAAUAAAAGCCUUUUUUGAUAAA